CGGACUUUCCUCAUCACAUUUGGAACUGGAUAUUAUCAUGGCCGAGAUGUUUCUCAGUUGUUCUGAAACCUUUCCCGUUGACAUUGUAAGGUUACGACUGUCUUCAUCGUCAACGUGUCUGUUGUAAGCGACGUGGGGGCUUUUUAUCUGGUAAGUUGAAACGAAAUGUUACAUGUUAGAUCUUGUUUUUCAUUCAAUGACCAUUGUUGUCGUUACAGCACAAUAAUCGCUCGCUAUAGCUUGAUAUGGCUGCCUAUAUGCUUCAUAUACAGUUGAAAUAGUAUGACAGGCAUUAUAAUUAAUUUGUCCAACAAAACUGCUUUUGGUGAUGUUGCUCAUAGAGAACAGCCGCGCGCUAUUCUAUUUUACUCGCUGUGUCCAUCAUCACCGGUCUAUACCGGCUGAACCAGCGCAACAUUCACAGCCAUUACAUUGCAUAACGGAUUGCGCACAGAGGAAGAUAAUCCCAGGCAGGGAGACAGCAACACUCACAUGUAUUGCAUUUCAUUUGUUACAUCUUAUUUACAUAAAUCGAUUACAGUCGUUGUUAACUUGCAUUGAGAAUUAGAAAUGAUUACAGAUGAUCCCAAUGAACGUGUGCCAUAUGCAGGGACAUUAGUGUUUAUAUAGGUAGCCACUGUAUUAAGUACAAGUUCCCACACACAGUUUGCGGUAUACAUUUACAUUUGAGUCAUUUAGCAGACGCUCUUAUCCAGAGCGAUUUACAGUUAGUGAGUGCAUACAUUUUUUUUCUUCAUGUUUUUUUUUUUCAUUCUGUGCUGUAUGCCUUCUGAUGAUGAUGAUGGGGAGUGUCAGCUAUUAUCUGCUCUAGAGUUUUUGUUGUUCUGAACAUGGCCAGAGAGUGCCUCAUCCAAAGACCCGCCUGUCUGUCAUGUCCUCUGCUGAUUGCUGUAUUUUGGUUCCUUUUCAGCUUCACAGGCCUGUGCUCCUUUGCAUCUCCCACAAUGCUUUGUCAGCAGGCCUUACUAUCUGAGAGUGAAGCAGAUAAUACACCUAGCCUAUUGUAGCGGUCAUUACCUCUAUUCAGCACUACACACACGGUAAGCAUGGGCAGGCCUCUGCCUAUCAUCUAACCUACCCUACAUUUCAGGUUGUAUUUAGCAGUAAAGACUUUGGCCUCCCUGGCACAAAUGAUUACAGAUGGCUUUCUCAAAUAGCACCCAAGAGAAUAGAACACCAGGACAGAACACAACACCAUAUCAGCUGCCAAGCAGUGAAACAUUGACUCACCUGAGCAGCGCAAUGUUGUCAAUAAACAAGCUGUUACCCUUGUUUUCACUACGGUUGCUUACAGUCUUUGGCAACUUACUCAAGCAUGCAACUAGACGUUUCGUCCUUUUCCCCAUGGUUAUCAGAAUCACUCACUUCUAAGUAGUGCAUGUUCAUAUUACGUACAUCAUUUUGAUAAUGAUAAUCUUUCUCUGAAAUGAGCAUGUACACUGUACAUUUCAUUACGAAUAGCCUAAAAUGAUCAUAAAAUAGGUUGUUGAAAUUAGAGUGAAAUUAGAUACCGGUGUUCAGGAUAGUCUCUUUAUCCCUUAAAGGUCCAGUCUGAACAAUACCCCAUUGUCAGCCAUAACAGAGACAUCCUUCUGCAACAAUGUCCAGGUCAGGAGAUAUACCAGGUAAGGAAGGGGGGCAGUAAGAGUGGGCAUUACAGUGUUGUGUACUUGUUUAAAAUGGUGAUGUAUGGAAACAUACAGUAUCUCACAAAAGUGAGUACACCCCUCACAUUUUUGUAAAUAUUUGAGUAUAUCUUUUCAUGUGACAACACUGAAGAAAUGACACUUUGCUACAAUGUAAAGUAGUGAGUGUACAGCUUGUAUAACAGUGUACAUUUGCUGUCCCCUCAAAAUAACACAACACACAGCCAUUAAUGUCUAAACCGCUGGCAACAAAUGUGAGUACACCCCUAUGUGAAAAUGUCCAAAUUGGGCCCAAAGUGUCAAUAUUUUGUGUGGCCACCAUCAUUUUCCAGCACUGCCUUAACCCUCUUGGGCAUGGAGUUCACCAGAGCUUCACAGGUUGCCACUGGAGUCUCUUCCACUCCUCCAUGACGACAUCACAGAGCUGGUGGAUGUUAGAGACCUUGCACUCCUCCACCUUCCGUUUGAGGAUGCCCCACAGAUGCUCAAUAGGGUUUAGGUCUGGAGACAUGCUUGGCCAGUCCAUCACCUUUACCCUCAGCUUCUUUAGCAAGGCAGUGGUCGUCUUGGAGGUGUGUUUGGGGUCAUUAUCAUGUUGGAAUACUGCCCAGUCUCCGAAGGGAGGGGAUCAUGCUCUGCUUCAGUAUGUCACAGUAUAUGUUGGCAUUCAUGGUUCCCUCAAUGAACUGUAGCUCCCCAGUGCCGGCAGCACUCAUGCAGCCCCAGACCAUGACACUCCCACCACCAUGCUUGACUGUAGGCAAGACACACUUGUCUUUGUAUUCCUCACCUGCUUGCCACCACACACACUUGACAUCAUCUGAACCAAAUAAGUUUAUCUUGGUCUCAGCAGACCACAGGACAUGGUUCCAGUAAUCCAUGUCCUUAGUCUGCUUGUCUUCAGCAAACUGUUUGCGGGCUUUCUUGUGCAUCAUCUUUUGAAGAGGCUUCCUUCUGGGACGACAGCCAUGCAGACCAAUUUGAUGCAGUGUGCGGCAUAUGGUCUGAGCACUGACCCCCCCACCCCUUCAACCUCUGCAGCAAUGCUGGCAGCACUCAUACGUCUAUUUCCCAAAGACAACCUCUGGAUAUGACGCUGAGCACGUGCACUCAACUUCUUUGGUCGACCAUGGCGAGGCCUGUUCUGUGUGGAACCUGUCCUGUUAAACCGCUGUAUGCAGCUCAGUUUCAGGGUCUUGGCAAUCUUCUUAUAGCCUAGGCCAUCUUUAUGUAGAGCAACAAUUAUUUUUUUCAGAUCCUCAGAGUGUUCUUUGCCAUGAGGUGCCGUGUUGAACUUCCAGUGACCAGUAUGAGGGAGUGUGAGAGCGAUGACACCAAAUGUAACACACCUGCUCCCCAUUCACACCUGAGACCUUGUAACACUAACGAGUCACAUGACACCGGGCAGGGAAAAUGGCUAAUUGGGCCCAAUUUGGACAUUUUCACUUAGGGGUGUACUCACUUUUGUUGCCAGCGGUUUAGACAUGAAUGGCUGUAUGUUGAGUUAUUUUGAGGGGACAGCACAUUUACACUGUUAUACAAGCUGUACACUCACUACUUUACAUUGUAGCAAAGUGUCAUUUCUUCAGUGUUGUCACAUGAAAAGAUAUACUCAAAUAUCUACAAAAAUGUGAGGGGUGUACUCACUUUUGUGAGAUACUGUAUGCUUCCAACACCUAUAGCGUGGCAAGAUGAACCGAUCAUCAUUUUAUGUAUUUUGAGCACAUUUUGAGUGAUUUUAGACAGUGUUUUAAUGCUUGAACAUUCCCCCCUCAGCCCUGGAGUCUGGGACCACAGAGGGGCUCCUGGGAGGCAUGUCCCUGCCCAUUGGCAUGACCCGCCGUGCCAUGAGCUAUGAUGACAACAUGGAGGCGCCCAUGUCGCCCCCUCCCUCUGACAUCAACAUCAACAACCUGUGGGGGAGGAGGCCCGUGGUCCCAGACAGGAGGUUCAAUCAUCUGGCUGAGGUAGAUAUCACACACUGAUCUAUAGCCUCACAUAGUUAAGAUAGUAAUCCAUGUUCGUCCGUAUUCAUAAAGCGUCUCAGAGUAGGAGUGUUGAUCUAGAAUCAGGUCCCCCUUGUCCGUGUAAUCUUAUUCAUAAUGAUCUAAAAGGCUAAACUGAUCCUAGAUCAGUCCUCAUACUCUAACACACUUUAUGGAUAUGACCCCAGGUGUUCCUAUUCAUACAAAUGUUCCUCAACUGCCUGUGUGAUCCAUGGUUGUUUUUUUUAUCUCUUGUUUUAAAGGAGGAUGAAUCUGGAAAUGCCCUGACCCGUGCUGCCACGUUUGACGCUGGCCGCAUGCCUCAUAUGCCAGUAGCGGUGAAGGCCAAAGCCUCCUCCAUCAUUAUGAACUCUCUGAUGACCAGUAAGACUCUUCACUGGGGGGGGGGGUUUGGGGUAUUCAGACCCCUUUACUUUUUUCACAUUUUGUUACGUUACAGCCUUAUUCUAAAAUGGAUUUAAAAAAAAUUAUCCUCAUCAAUCUACACACAAUAGCUCAUAUUGACAAAGUGAAAACAGGUUUUUAGAACUUUUGCAAAUAUAUUACAAAUAAAAAAACAGAAAUACCUUAUUUAUUUAAGUAUUCAGACCCUUUGCUAUGAGACUUGAAAUUGAGCUCAGGUGCAUCCUGCUUCCAUUGAUCAUCCUUGAGAUGUUUCUACAACUUCAUUGGAGUCCACCUAUGGUAAAUUCAAUUGAUUGGACAUCAUUUGGAAAGGCACACACCUGUCUAGAUAAGGUCCCACAGUUGACAGUGCAUGUCAGAGCAAAAACCUAUCCAUGAGGUCAAAGGAAUUGUCCGUAGAGCUCCGAUACUGGAUUGUGUCAAGGCUCAGAUCUGGGGAAGGGUACCAAAAAAUAAAUGUAAAUGUGAUAUUUCGGGUUUUUAUAUUUCAUAAAUUAGCAAAAAUCUCUAGAAACCUGUUUUUGCUUUGUUAUUAUGGGGUAUUGUGUGUAGAUUGAUGAGGGAAAAAAACAAUUUAAUCAAUUUUAGAAUAAGGCUGUAACAUAACAAAAUGACGUUUUUGUGAGAAGAUCAAUUUUCCGGAUGUCUCAUGGUCUGACAAACACUGCUGUAGCUCGGCCACCUUCCACCGCAGAUGCGGAAGGCCGCCAUUGGUGGAUGCAGUGGCUUGAGACGCAGCCCAUGCAAAAAAACGAUAUCUUUAGCUUAAACAGACAGUUUUGAUGGGGAUUUUUAUUAUUAUGCUAAUUACAUUUCCGCGGGGGCGCAGACAUCAACUCUAGGGGGUUAUUAAUACAAAUUAUGUCCUCUGUGUUUUUCCAGAGCAAACCCAGGACAGCAUGCACAGGUUUGAGCAGCAGGCUGGGCUGAGAGACACUGGCUACACGCCCCAUAAGGGCCUCACUGCUGAGGAGACCCGCCACCACCACCGCAUGCCUGACUCAUUCCAUGUGAGUCUUUACUUUAUCACUUACUGUGGCCCUACUUUAUUAUCUGGAGUCUGAUAAUCAUUAACAGAAAAAUAUGAAUAAUAUUUGAUUAAUGUUAUUAUUCUUCAUGAUUGGUUUGAUAAAGCAUCAACAGUGUAAUCAAUGAAUGCUCAAAAUCUCAAUAGCGGUCUACAGUAUGUCAAAGAGGAGUGAUUCUUGAGAUUUAACUGUUAAUAAUAUUAAUCAUACUAUAUUUUUUUUUUUUCCUUUUGUUGUAUUGCCUGUAGAAAAUGAAUAUUCAAAGUAUGGACAUGGGAGCAGGACAUAAGGGAGGACAUGAGGACAAGCAAACAUCAUCUGCUCAGUCCACCCCAAAUAGCACUCCUCAGAGCUCACCCAAACAGAAACGCAGGUAAGUGCAACCAUGUCCUCAUUACCAGCUGUUUAUGGAAACAUGCUGUACUUUGACCCUGAACACCAAAUACAUGUGCCCUUGCCCACCUUAUCUAUAUGAGCAUGAGUAUGAUGCCUGUUCAGCUGCCACUGUAAAGUAGUUGACCGUCUGGCAUUUCUCUUUGUUCCUGGCAGGGGCUGGUUCACCAGCCAGAGCUCGACUGCGUCUGUCACUAGCUCAGACCUCAGUACCAGCUCUAACACCAGUGUGGACAUGGGUGCUGGUGAGGGGGGAGGAGCAGUCGAACGCUGGGGUAUGUUUCGACCACGUCCGGUUGUCCAGAAAUCCACUACCGACCCCGGUAUGGACAACGCAAACACAGGUAAAUGGGAUUUGGGGAGGGUGAUAUUUAACAUGUUUUCGUUUGGUAAUGGUGUUCCUCUAAACCAGGGGUUCUUCAACUUUUUCAGCUCGAGACCCAAAUGAGAAAUGUACCGUCUUCCUGUAACCCAAAUCGUCCUCCAACAACCCAAAUUAACAAUAAAUAGUGUGUGAUUAUAGAUGCAUUCUCAGAAUUCGUGAUCCAUCUCUCACAUGCCCAGCGCCCACUUUGGAUCCCGACUAAUAGUUUUAGAAACCCUGCUAAACUGUAAUCCUGUUUAUAAGUUGGCUCAAUGUUCUAUGAUGUGAAUUACACAUGAAUACGAUUGUUUUUACAUGGUCGUGUACUACAUCAGUACUCUUUAUUUUCUUUGUGUACUAGAUAUCCUUAUCUGUGUUGCCUUGGUGCUUUUAACAAAUUAUCAAUUUAUCAGGUGUUCAUAGAGUCAACGUUAAGUUUUGAUCAUAUACAGUGCAGUCGGAAAGUAUUCAGACCCCUUGACUUUUUUCACAUUUUGUUACGUUACAGCCUUAUUCUAAGAAGGAUUACAUUGUUUUUCCCCCCUUCAUCAAUCUACACACAAUACCCCAUAAUGACAAAGCAAAAACAGGUUUUUAGAAAUGUUUGCUAAUUUAUUUAAAAUACAAAAUGGAAAUAUAACAUUUACAUAAGUAUUCAGACCCUUUACUCAGUACUUUGUUGAAGCACCUUUGGCAGUGAUUACAGCCUCGAGUCUUCUUAUGUAUGACGCUACAAGCUUGGCACAACUAUAUUUGGGGAGUUUCUCCCAUUCUUCUCUGCAGAUCCUCUCAAUCUCUGUCAGGUUAGAUGGGGUGCGUCGCUGCACAGCUAUUUUCAGGUCUCUCCAGAGAUGGUCGAUCGGGUUCAAGUCUGGGCUCUGGUUGGGCCAUUCAAGGACAUUCCGAGACUUGUUCCGAACCCACUCCUGCAUUGUCUUGGCUGUGUGCUUAGGGUCGUUGUCCUGUUGAAAGGUGAACCUUCGCCCCAGUUUUUUAUUUUUAAUACAUUUGCAAAAAUUUCAAAAAAUCUGUUUUCGCUUUGUCAUUAUGGUGUAUUGUCUGUAGAUUUAGGAUUUAUGUAUUUAUUUAAUCAAUUUUAGAAUAAGGCUGUAAUGUAACAAAAUGUGGAAAAAGAGAAGGGGCCUGAAUACUUGAUCAAGAUUAGCAAAAAUAAAUAAUACAAAUACUGAGCUAUAUGUAGUCCCCUGUAGCUCAGUUGGUAGAGCAUGGCGCUUGCAACGCCAGGGUUGUGGGUUCGUUUCCCACGGGGGGCCAGUAUGAAAAUGUAUGCACUCACUAACUGUAAGUCGCUCUGGAUAAGAGUGUCUGCUAAAUGACUAAAAUGUAAAAUGUAGAUGUAUAUUGUAUGCUCCAAAAACAUGGAAAAUUGUAUUAUUUUGUACUAAUAGAGUUGUUUAGAGAGAUUUUGUUUAAAUAGUUUUCUCCAAAUGAUAGGUUUAAAAAUUAUGGGCACCCCUGUUUUCAAUACUCCAGCACCAUCUUCUUGCGAGGAUAAUGACAUUGAGCCUUUUUCUAAAAUGUUUUAUGAGAUUAGAGCUCACAUCCUUGAUAUCCUUCGUCUGUGCUUAUGGACUGCCCUCUUCAAUUCAAACCACAGGUUUUCAAUGGGUUUAAGUCCGUAGACUGAGAUGGCCAUUGCAAAAUGUGGUCAAUUAACCAUUUCUAUGUGGAUAUGGAUGUGUGCUUAGGAUCAUUGUCUUGCUGGAAGAUACACUUGCGGCCAAGUUUCAGCCUCCUGGUAGAGGCAACCAGGUUUUUAGCUAAAAUUUCCUGGUUACUGAUAGAGUUCAUGAUGCCGUUGACCUUAGCAAGUGCCCCAGGAACCUAUUGGCAUGGGGGUGGCGUCUAAUUGUAGUUUUGGAAUCUUGUUAACCCCAAGAUGCCACCAAGUUCUGUAAUUCUCCAACUGUGGCCCUUGGACUUUUCUUUGCCUCCCGAACCAUCUUCCUCAGUAUGCGUGGGGACAUACUCUACCAGGCAAGUUUACCAUUUUUCCAGUGAUUUAAAAAUUCCUAAUUAUUGCCCUAAUAGUGAUAAGUAUAUUUUAGUUGUAUGUCUUUUUUUUUUUGCCCGUUGCCUGAUUUUUAUUAAGGUCAACAACCAUUUGUCUCUUUUCGUUUGUGAGUUCUUUGCCUUUCCCCAUGGUAAUGGAUAGAUUUGACAUGUUUUACCUUAUUUUCAUACCCCAGUGAAACAGGAAGCCAUGGAAGGUCACAAUACAUUUCCGCUGAGAUGAAUUAAAAAAAGUUGAAUGUUAAUGCAGAUUUCAUUUUGUUUGAUUUUAUCGAUAAGAUUCUUUAGGGGUGCCAAUAAUUUUGAGACCUAUUGUUAAAGUAUUACUUUUUAAACAAAAUCUCUUUCUCUUAGCAAUUGUAUUAGAAUAAAAUAAUAUAAUUUCCCAAUUUUUCUGAGCAUACAGCAGCUCAGUAUUUAUUAUUUAUUUUAUUAAGUCUUUCGCUUAUCUUUAUCAAGGGUGUCAAUAAUUUUGAGGUGACCUAAGUCCCGUGUUUUCCCUCCAGGGGGUUUUGCUCUCCAGUCGUACCGCGGGGCCCAGAAGCCCACCCCAAUGGAGGUGAUGAAGGCCCAGGCCACUCGGCUGGCUGAUGACCCUGCUGUCGACAAACAGGCCCCACCCAAGAUGGAGAUCCCCACCAUGGAGGGCAGUAGACGGUCAGCCCGGCCGCACAAACUCAAACCUCGAGACAUGAACAUCCUCACUCCCUCAGGCUUCUGA